GCCCGGAGGAGCCGGAGCGGGAGAAGCUUUGAGAGUUCCCGGGUAGGGGGUUACUUUUUUCAAGUCGGGCGACCUGCCGCCUGGGUGCUUGUUGACUGGUUUGGGAGCAGAACGUUCAGAAGCCGGGUGCUGGCGCGAACUGAAGUCUGACAUCUCUGCAGAGCCCGCCCAAAGACCGGAGGUGUGUCUGGCCGGCACCCAGGACCACACGGUGGGUUCUGGCCACUGACUUGGCUGGCCGACGGCCGGCUUGUGGUGAGCCCGCCUGCCCAACUGGCUGACCUCAAGGAGUUGGCCCAGGGAGGCGGCGGCUGUUUGGGGGCAGCGGAGCCGGGAAGCCAGCCAGCGUCAACGCCCGCCCGCGCACGGGUCCCCUCCACGGCCACGCAGAGCAGGGCGUGGGACGCGCAUCUUCACCGGCCGUCCCUACCCAGCAGGGUCUGUGCGGACCCUGAGUCAGGCAGCCGCCCGGGACGGAGGGCGGGUAUCUUCCUCUCAGCUCAUCCGCUGUCAGCCGUGGGAACGCUAACUUUAUCCCGAGGGAUCUGUGGGGGCGGGGGUGGGCGAAGUUCUCCUCCCCGGGAGCUCACCUCCCUCUCCGGGGCUGCCCCUCCCCCGCCUCCCAUGGCACCGCUCUCAGAGCAUCCUCACUCCGCCCAGUUCGGUGCCAGCUGCGUGGGCUCUAGCUUCAUGCGUUUUCCUUGGAAUGCUCCAAAACUCGGCAGCGACUAAGGAAAUCCCAUUGGAAUUUGCCGGGCGUGCUCUCACCGGGCACAGCACCCGGGCCGCAUGUCCUUGGAUCGAUCGCUCUUCAGCCAGAAGAUUGCCAACUUUGCAGAGACAAGGAAAUAGCAUGGCAUGAAACAUGGCUCAGUUCUAUUACAAAAGGAAUGUGAAUGCCCCCUACAGAGAUCGCAUCCCUCUAAGGAUAGUCCGAGCAGAAUCAGAGCUCUCACCAUCAGAAAAAGCCUAUUUAAAUGCUGUGGAAAAGGGAGAUUAUGCAAGUGUCAAGAAAUCCCUGGAGGAAGCGGAAAUUUAUUUUAAAAUCAAUAUUAAUUGCAUCGAUCCUCUUGGAAGAACUGCUCUCCUCAUUGCAAUUGAAAAUGAGAACUUGGAGCUCAUUGAACUACUUUUAAGCUUUAAUGUCUAUGUUGGAGAUGCUCUAUUACAUGCCAUCAGGAAGGAAGUUGUCGGAGCUGUUGAGCUGUUACUGAACCACAAAAAGCCCAGUGGAGAAAAACAGGUGCCUCCCAUACUCCUUGAUAAGCAGUUCUCUGAAUUCACUCCAGACAUUACACCAAUCAUUUUGGCAGCCCAUACAAAUAAUUAUGAGAUAAUCAAGCUUCUAGUUCAGAAAGGAGUCUCCGUGCCCAGACCCCACGAGGUCCGCUGCAACUGCGUGGAAUGCGUCUCCAGCUCAGACGUGGAUAGCCUCCGCCACUCACGCUCCAGACUCAACAUCUACAAGGCCUUGGCCAGCCCCUCUCUCAUCGCACUGUCAAGUGAAGACCCUUUUCUCACAGCCUUUCAGCUAAGUUGGGAGCUUCAGGAGCUGAGUAAAGUGGAAAACGAAUUCAAGUCGGAGUAUGAGGAGCUGUCCCGACAGUGCAAACAAUUUGCUAAGGACCUACUGGAUCAGACAAGGAGUUCCAGAGAACUGGAAAUCAUUCUUAAUUACAGAGACGACAGUAGUCUCAUAGAAGAACAAAGUGGAAAUGAUCUCGCGAGACUCAAAUUGGCCAUAAAGUACCGUCAGAAAGAGUUUGUUGCUCAGCCCAAUUGUCAACAACUGCUUGCAUCUCGCUGGUACGAUGAGUUCCCAGGCUGGAGGAGACGGCACUGGGCAGUGAAGAUGGUGACGUGUUUCAUCAUAGGACUUCUUUUUCCUGUCUUCUCUGUGUGCUACCUUAUAGCUCCUAAAAGCCCACUGGGACUGUUCAUCAGAAAGCCAUUUAUCAAGUUCAUCUGCCAUACAGCGUCCUAUUUGACUUUUUUGUUCCUGCUGCUGCUUGCCUCUCAGCACAUCGACAGGUCAGACUUGAACAGGCAAGGUCCACCACCAACCAUCGUCGAGUGGAUGAUUUUACCGUGGGUCCUGGGUUUUAUAUGGGGAGAAAUUAAACAAAUGUGGGAUGGUGGACUUCAAGAUUACAUCCAUGAUUGGUGGAAUCUAAUGGAUUUUGUGAUGAAUUCCUUAUAUUUGGCAACAAUCUCUUUGAAAAUUGUUGCAUUUGUAAAGUACAGUGCACUUAAUCCACGAGAAUCUUGGGACAUGUGGCAUCCCACUCUGGUGGCUGAAGCUUUAUUUGCCAUCGCAAACAUCUUCAGUUCCUUGCGCCUGAUCUCGCUGUUUACUGCCAAUUCUCACCUGGGGCCUCUGCAAAUAUCUCUGGGAAGAAUGCUCCUGGACAUUUUGAAGUUUCUAUUCAUAUACUGCCUUGUGUUGCUAGCAUUUGCAAAUGGCCUAAAUCAAUUGUAUUUCUAUUAUGAAGAAACAAAAGGGUUAAGCUGUAAAGGCAUACGAUGUGAAAAGCAGAAUAAUGCAUUUUCAACGUUAUUUGAGACACUUCAGUCCCUGUUUUGGUCAAUAUUUGGGCUGAUCAAUUUAUAUGUGACCAAUGUCAAAGCACAGCAUGAAUUCACUGAGUUUGUUGGCGCCACCAUGUUUGGGACAUACAAUGUCAUCUCUCUGGUUGUCCUACUCAACAUGUUAAUAGCUAUGAUGAAUAACUCUUACCAACUCAUUGCUGACCAUGCAGAUAUAGAAUGGAAAUUCGCUCGAACAAAGCUUUGGAUGAGUUAUUUCGAAGAAGGAGGUACUCUGCCUACUCCCUUCAAUGUCAUCCCAAGCCCCAAGUCUCUCUGGUACCUGAUUAAAUGGAUCUGGACACACCUGUGCAAGAAAAAGAUGAGGAGAAAGCCUGAAAGUUUUGGAACAAUAGGGAGGCGAGCUGCUGAUAAUUUGAGAAGACAUCACCAAUAUCAAGAGGUUAUGAGGAACCUGGUGAAGCGAUACGUUGCCGCAAUGAUCAGAGAUGCCAAAACUGAAGAAGGUCUGACUGAAGAGAACUUUAAGGAACUAAAGCAAGACAUUUCCAGUUUCCGCUUUGAAGUCCUGGGCUUGCUCCGGGGAAGCAAACUCUCCACCGUGCAGGCGGCUCAGGCCAUGAAAGAGUCCUUCAAUUCCGCCGACUCGGAUGAAAAGAGCGAUAACGAAGGCAGCAGCAAGGACAAGCGAAAGAACUUCAGCCUUUUCGACUUAACCACUCUGAUUCACCCGCGAUCCGCCGCCAUUGCCUCCGAGAGACACAACGUAAGCAAUGGCUCCGCCCUGGUGGUGCAGGAGCCGCCGAGGGAGAAGCAGAGAAAAGUGAAUUUUGUGACCGAUAUCAAAAACUUCGGGUUAUUUCACAGACGAUCAAAACAAAAUGCUGCUGAGCAAAAUGCAACCCAAAUCUUCUCUGUCUCAGAAGAAGUUACUCGUCAACAGGCCGAAAGACCACUGGAGAGAAAUAUUCAACUGGAAUCUCGAGGAUUAGCUUCGCGGGGUGACUUGAACAUCCCGGGUCUCAGUGAACAGUGUAUAUUAGUAGACCACCGAGAAAGGAAUACGGACACCCUGGGUUUACAGGUGGGCAAGAGAGUGUGUUCCUUCAAGUCGGAGAAGGUGGUGGUGGAGGACACUGUUCCAAUCAUACCAAAGGAGAAGCAUGCAAAGGACGAGGACUCUAGCAUAGACUAUGAUGUAAACCUCACAGACACAGUCACCCACGAAGAUUACGUGACCACAAGAUUGUGAUACUUGAAGGAGGAAGCGUUGAUCCUACAUAUACAUAUUUUCCGUAGUGCUCUGGGUAGGGGGAAAAUUAGCAAAAGCUAACUUACACUUUAUAGCAUCUAUCAUCUGUGGCAUAUUAACGUGUAACAUGUUUAACUAAGGCAAAGGCUAUCAAAAACCCUGGUUUUGUAACCAGCUUUUGCUUUCACAAUUUGUUUUACCUUUUUUUUUUUUUUUGUUAAUAAAUAAACGCACUGUGUAUUCUUGUACUGUUGCCAUAA